GCCACCAGAGGCGCUGCCGAAGGGUGGAGAUGGCGUGUCGCGGACGGAGACCAGAGCACGGCGGACCCCCGGAGCUGUUUUACGACAAGAAUGAAGCCCGGAAAUACGUGCGCAACUCACGGAUCAUUGAUGUCCAGACCAAGAUGGCUGGGCGAGCACUGGAGCUCCUAAAUCUGCCUGAGAGUCAACCCUGUUACCUGUUGGAUAUUGGCUGUGGUUCUGGGUUGAGUGGAGAUUAUCUCUCAGAUGAAGGGCACUAUUGGGUGGGCAUUGACAUCAGCCCUGCCAUGCUGGAUGCAGCCUUGGACCGAGACACAGAGGGAGACCUGCUUCUGGGGGACAUGGGCCAAGGCAUUCCCUUCAAACCAGGCUCCUUUGAUGGUUGUAUCAGCAUUUCUGCAGUACAAUGGCUCUGUAAUGCCAACAAGAAGUCUGACAAUCCUGCCAAGCGCCUGUACUGCUUUUUUUCUUCACUUUAUUCUGUUCUGGUCCGUGGAGCCCGAGCUGUCCUGCAGCUGUACCCUGAGAACUCUGAGCAGUUAGAGCUGAUCACUACCCAGGCCAUCAAGGCUGGCUUCACUGGUGGUGUGGUGGUGGACUUCCCCAACAGUGCCAAAGCAAAGAAGUUCUACCUCUGUUUGUUUUCUGGGCCUUCGACUUUUCUGCCAAAGGGGCUAAGUGAGAUUACAGAUGAAGAGGAGACCCAGGAAUCCACUUUCACAAAUGAGAGGAUCCCAUACAGGAUUGCAAGGCGUGGGGUGGUAAGGAAGAGCCGGGAGUGGGUGCUGGAGAAGAAAGCGCGCCACAGGCGUCAGGGCAAGGAAGUCAGACCCGACACUCAGUACACUGGCCGCAAGCGUAAGCCCCGCUUCUGAGCAGUUGAAGCCAGUGAGACAACCUGGGCUUCACAGUUGUGAGCUGAGGCCUCCAGCCUAGGCACCCGCCUCUGGAAAGUUUAGAAAAGUUCUGUAAAGUUCUAAAAAUGUUUUCUUUGCUAAAGUUAUAAAGCCUGUUACAUUUUGUUCUAAAAGCAAU